AUGUCGUCGCGUCGUCAAACAAAGGAGUGUUUUUGUCACGCGGCGCCACCCUCCCGCCGCGAGUCGUGUCCGUGGCGACGAACGGCCGCGGGCGUCGGGCCGGCCGCGGAUCGAUAUCGCUCGAGAUCUCGGCCUACGAGCCCGCCUCGCCGGCCAUUUGCCUACCUCGACGCCUCGGGCUCGUGUGUACAUAACCCGCCACCCACCACCCAGGACCGAUACACCCCCGCAGAUUACCGCCUACAAAGCAAACUUCAUUGGUACGUGCAUGCAAUAUGCGCAAGGAGCAGACCCGAAUUGCGCCUCGGACUCUCCGCCCGGCAGAUUGCUUUGAUAUCCGACCUAGCUCCGUAUUUAGCACAACCAAUUCGAGUUCAUUGCACAUCGAAUCUUAGCCUUGGGCCUAGAACACAAUUC